AUGGAAACCGGGAAAAUAUCAAUUAGUGACUAUGAAAAUCUAUUAUUAUUGCAAUGCUUGGGAAAUUUUGAUUUAAAAAGUAUAGGUAUAUCGUCAAGUUAUAUUAGCUUAAUUGAUAAAGACGAAGUAGGAAGAAAUGAUUUAGAAUGGCAUGAAAUUGAACCAUAUCUUCGAUUUCUUGGGGUAAAUACAUCUGAACUUUGGCAAGCAAAUAUUGAUAUGUCGUCUUAUGAAUCUCAAUUAAAUGAUAUAAAUAAAACCCUGCCAAAAACAGAGAUGUCAUUACAGUCAAUACUUGAGAGACUUGAAAAGAUUUUGCAAACGAAAUCCCCAUUUACCCUUAUUCAAAGAAUUUCAGCAGAAAAUUCUUCAUAUCCGCAAAAAAUAUCCGAAAUUCAAGCAAAAACCGAAAAUUGUUUAAAAACUCACAUAGAUAAUUUACAAGAAAUUUCAGAAAAUUUACAUGAUAUAUCUCUAUAGCCCGAUCCUUCUUUUGGCUCGGCUGUCUCGACGUCGGAAUGGGAGAUGGCCCUACCAACAUUUAUUGGUAAAGCAAACUCCCCAGAUGUCAAAUUUCCAUAUAGAGUGGAUUUACCAUCUGGGGAGUUGGUUUUACCAACAAAUAGUGAUAAAACCAACUCCCAUAUCAACAUCGGGAUAGCCGAGCCAAAAGGAAGCUCGGGCUAUACUUUAUGCCGAUGGAAAUCAAAAUACUUUGCAAUGCAAUGAAUUAGAAUUAAAGCAAGAUAUACAAAUAUUAAAUAGAAAAUGCUUAGAGCAGUCUCUAGAAAAUGAUUUAUACAAUCCAACCACUUUAGAAGCUUUAAAUAUUAUAAAAGAAGAACUAAUUAAAACAUUAGACGAGCAAUCUGAUUUAAAAUCAAUUCUUUCUUCAAGACUUGCCAGAUACGAAUCUGAUCCAAAUUUAAUGAAAAUCCUUACUCCCCUCUCUGUGAGCGAGCAAAAAAAAUUUGUUGCCUCAAGGAGAGGGGUUAAAUUUUUUUUAUAAAAAUUUAUAUAUAAAUUUUAUAGUAAUUUUUUUUCGAAAUUUAAAAAAAAAUCCUAAUUCGCAAAAACUUGAAAGCAAUAUUAAUUUAAUUUGUAAAAUUUAUGUUUUAAAAUGCAAGCUGUUUUAAAUAAAUCAGAAUAAUACUAAUUAUCAAUUAUAUAUCAUUUUUUUUCAUUUUUGACCGCUUCAUGGAGGGUAGGUUUCUGGGCAAAAAAUAGAAAUUUUUUCAUUGGUUUUGUUCGAUCCGGAGAAGGGGAGCUAAUUCCUAUGCUGAAACCUUAUCAAAAAUCCAAGCUAAACAGAGAGAUAUUGAUUCUUUAAAUAGUUAA